UUCACGCCAAGCAUCAUGGCGUCCAUUAGUGACCAGAAUGCGCUGCGGCGUGGAACACGGUCUAUCUCUGCUACAGGAGCCGGAAGGCCAGGGGCAGAGAAAGGAAGUGCUGUCCCGGGCAUGCGCGUUGGGGUGGGAGCGCCGCGGAUGAAGGUCUGUCCUCAGCCCGAGCUCGUUUCCGGCCCCAGACAUUUCUCAGACAGGGUGUCUUUGAUGGAGGGCAACUCGAACCAGACGCCAGGCGAUGAUGAUACUCCAGUGCCCCUCGAUUCGCCCGGGCACCGUCGGCCUUUGAAGGUGGGAGGCGAGAGCUCGGUCGGCGGCAGCGGGGAGGAGCGGUUCAGGUGCUCGGAGUGCGGCCGGGGAUUCAGCCGAGCGUCCGGCCUGUCCAGGCACCAGCGCUGCCACAGGGGGGAGAGGCCCUGGAAAUGCGGGCACUGUGGGAAAGGCUUCAACUACGCGUCGCAGCUGGAGAUCCACCGGCUGCGCCACACCAGGGAGCAGCCGUGGAAGUGCGGCGACUGCGGCAAGGGCUUCAGCUACCCGUCCCAGCUGGAGAUUCACCGGCGCAGCCACACCGGCGAGAGGCCGUUCACCUGCUCCCAGUGCGGCAUGGGCUUCUCCCACUCCUCCAGCCUCCUGACCCACCAGCGGGUCCACACGGCGGACAGGCCCUUCACCUGCUCCGAGUGCGGCAAGGGCUUCACCCGCUCCUGCCACCUCCUGCGGCACCGCCUGGUCCACGCCGGGGAGAGACUGUACGCCUGCUCCAUGUGCGGCAAGGCCUUCAGCCAGUCCUCCUGCCUCCUCCGGCACCAGCGGGUCCACACUGGCGAGAAGCCCUUCACCUGCUUCCUGUGCGGCAAGGCCUUCAGCCAGACCUUCAACCUCCACGCCCACCAGCGGGUCCACACUGGCGAGCGGCCCUACACCUGCUUCACCUGCGGCAAAGGUUUCACCCAGUCGUCCAACCUGCUCACCCACCAGCGUGUCCACACCAGGGAACGGCCCUACACCUGCUCCGACUGUGGCAAGGGCUUCAGCGGCUUGUCUAGCCUCCGGAAACACCGGCAAAUCCACGAAUGAACCCCCGGGGAGGAGGAAUGGUGGGGGCGGCCACAGUUGUUCAAUGAAGAUAGACACAAAGUGCCGGAGUAAAUCAGCGAGGCAGGCCACAUCUCAGGAGAGAAGGAAUGGGUCACAUUUUGGUUCCAACCCUUCUCAAUGAUUCAAUUCAAUAAUACUGUAUUAUCACGUGUAUCUCAGCGCAGUGGAAUUCUUUGUUUUGCAAACAACCAGGAUUUCCAACACGUGGACUGGACUUUGGACUGUUUGUGUUUUAUUUUUUAUUUUAAACUGCGUCAAAAUUGUGGCAGCUAUACGUUUGUGGUUGUGCAAAAAAAAACCUGCUGAUAUUGUAAAAGAAUGCUGUGCAUAGGUGACAGUUACAAACCAUUGAACCUGGGAAAGCCAGACAGCAGACCUCACCUGGGCAAUAUAGAAAGAGUCACCAUGUGUCUGAUGCUGAUCAAGUCACAAUACGUUCAUAGGACCAAAAAUCAUUGAGCGGAGCAAGAUGGUUCACUCUGCGAAAAAGCCAUAGUAGGUGAUGGGUAAUGUUCAGCGCCAUUUCCGUAACCAGCUUCCGUCAUGGCAUCUUCAUCUACAAGCGGAGCGUACCAAAGAUCCUAGAGCGGUUCCAGCAAUUUAUAGCAGAGCAGUAUGCUCUGAGCAGUAAGCAGAUCAUAGAACAAUACGCUCUAUAAUAUUUAGGAGCGUACUGCUCUGCUAUAAUUUGCUGUAAUUCUCAGCCUCAGAGUGCGGUGGAGGCAGGUUCUCUGGAUGCUUUCAAGAGAGAGCUAGAUAGGGCUCUUAAAAAUAGUAGAGUCAGGGGAUAUGGGGAGAGGGCAGGAACGGGGUACUGAUUGAGGCCGAUCAGCCAUGAUCAUAUUGAAUGGCAAUGCUGGCUCGAAAGGCCGAAUGGCCUACACCUGCACUUAUUGUCUAUUGUCUAUUGAAUCACCAAUGUAGGAGACCCGACCUGUCUUUCUUGGGCUCCCCACGAAAAACGAUCUUUGGUUGGAACGACUGUUACUCAGCUGGUGCUGAUAUGUUGAGACUCGGAACCAGAGUGUGUUUUAACUUGUUUGGCCUGUCUAAACGACACCAAGCAAUUGAUGUCAAGGGCUUAAACGAGUUUCCACACUUUAUUCGGCUUUAUUCAGAAAAUUGCAGCAACAGCGAUAAUUAAAUUAGAGAAUGGAACGAGACAGGUUGGAGUUGAAUGAAGUAGGCGAAGCAGAGAGAAAUCACAAGAAAAAGACUCGCUCAGCUCAAUGUAUCAAUAAUAGUAUUUAAAAAACUGGCCAACCCAGUCUCACCUUCCCCAGUAAAUUAACAGCGAUACUGCAAUAAAUUUUGUAACA